AUGUCGACCCUCUCCCGCCGCCUUGUUUACUCCCCACCAUUCACCAUUCAUCAUUCACCCGCAACUCACAGCGCAAAUCUCUUGUUCCUCGCUUGGGAUUCCACGGUAAAGGAAAUCGACCUCCUCAAAGCGCCAGCAACGUCCGAAGGGCUAUAUGAUUAUGACGGUGGAGAAGGUUCGCCGGUUGCUACAGGCAAACGUAAGAUGGAUGGUCAGCCGGAAUACGGAGCUCUCAUUUCAGGGCAGGUUAUCACUCUUACCACAGAUGAUGUCGCUAAACGUCCGCUUCCAAGCUGGCCCCUUCUCGAAUUACAGUGGCAUCUACAAAGGGUCGCAGGGAUGAGCGGGGCUGCCGAAGCUCGAGAUGAGGUGGGUAGAAAUGAUGACGGUGAUGAUGGAGAAUUGGUUGUGCUUGAUCGUGAUGCUGCUGCAAACCGUGUUACAAGCAUUUCUCAGUGGUUACAGCAACUAACCGACAAUGGCAGAUGGCACCCAAGUCGCGCCUGUCAAUCCCUGUUUAGCGAUCAGGCCGUUAGGACAGUUGAUGGAUUGAGUAGCUAA